AUGGAAUUAUUUUUUUAUUUUUUUAAUUCUCAAUCUCGAAGAUAAAAAUAGAUCAUAUUAGUAACUUUAUAUAUAAUAUUUUUAUUUAUUAAAAUCUCCAGAGCUUUGAAUGAUGAAAAGUAAAACCACCCUAAACUUAUAGGAUCUAGAUUUGAUUUCUAAAGUGCUGCAGAGAGAGGUUUGUCUCAAAAAGAACACAUUACAAAAUUAAUUAAUCCAAUUGAACCUGAUAUUGCAUUACCUUAAUUUAUUCUUCCUAAUCAUAAUAAUAAAUAAAAUCUAUCAGUUUAACUAACUAGAAAAAUAAAUUCUGAAAGUCAUUCACCUGAUCAAUAAUCAAAAGUUCUAGAUGAGUUUUAGAUGACGAAAUUAAUAUUUCCUUAAUAAGAUAUUAAAAUAUAAGCAACACAAGAUAACUAAUUAAAUAUAAAUAAACCUAUUCAGUUUUAAGAACUAAGUGACGAAAAUCUUGGAUUUUAUCACAACUUUCUUCAUGAAUAAUCAACUGAAUAAUAUAUUGAAUAAAAAUAAAUCUUGCGUUAAAAUACUUACCAAUAGAAUUAAUUUUACCUUAAUUAAUCCCCAAGAAAGCGACAGUUCUCUUUUUAAAUAAAUUAAAAUUUUAAAAGUUAUUUAGAUGUUACAAAUGAAAGAGACAAUUCAUUUGAAGUUGAUGAAGACAUCUCUAAUAUACUCAAAAACAAUAAUUCACAGUCUAAAGACAUUAAAUAAGUUGAAGAUUAACUCAUUUAAAAUAUUGAUCCAUAAAUGAAAUAAACCAUUAUGAAACUAAAAACCUAAGAAAAAAUACAUUUUAAAGUGAAAAAAAUUAAAGUAGGAUUCUUAUUAGUUCGUGCAAUUAUUAAAAUGAUAAUAUUAGUUAGGUAAUAUAAUUUAAUUUAUAAAUUUUAGACCAUUAAAAUAAUAAUGGAUUCAAAAGUAAAAAAUAUUUAGUUAGUUAUUUAAAUUAUUUAAAUUCAAGGAUAAAUUAAUCCAAAAUAAAAUAAAACAAUGGACUCAAAUAUCCUUGACUAAAGUGUUUUCUGUUUUAAGAUAUUAAACUUUGAAAUAAUGGAAUUUUAUAGUAUGAUUUAUUGACUAUGAAUUUAGGAAUGCAACCUCGAAGAUUAUUAAAAAGAUUUAGCAAUAACAAAUUUUUUGAAUUUAUGCUCUCAUCUAAUCUCUAAUCUUGAAAUAACCACACAACCAGCCUCCUUUUUAACAGAACUUGGAUAUUAAUCAUAUUUAGAAUAAUUCGUUGAAUAUAGAUAAACCUAUAACGUAUUUGUUUCUAAAAGAACUAAUUAUUUAUCAAAUAAAUACUCUAAUAUAACUAUGAAAGAAAAGGCAAUGAUUGCUACAGAGUGUGUGAUCAUGAAUAAUUUUAUACCAAAUUUAGUCUUACUUACUGAAAACAAAAAAUUUUUUAAUUCAGAUGAUCAAAAUAUUUAAUUUUUGAUUCGUGGAUUCAUAACUAUACUUUAACAAUUAUUCAUUAUGACUUUUUAAGAUAUUCCUGAAGUCUAAAGAUUGAAUUCUUAAUUAUAAUAUUAAUAGAUGCAAAUUGGUAGAAAUAAAUAGGGCAUGAUUUUGGUUCCCAUUAAAACUGAUAUGGAAGAAUUUUAUAAAGGAACUUUCAAGAUUGAUUAGUUUAAAUUGAUAUUCGAAAGAAAAUUUUGGUUCUAAAAUUUAUUAAAAAAAUUUAAAAAAGUAGUGUAAAAUAUUUACCAAAAUAAAAUUUAAGAUUUAUGA